CACACCCACAGGUUGGUCGGCAGAGCGUGUUCAGGAGUACUUUGUGUGGUCAGCCCAGGUAGUGAGAGGACUGAGGGGGACCAACCCAGCACUGGAGAGACACCUAGAGGAGCUCUUCAAGCAGAGGGGGGUUGAGCUUUGACACCUCUCKACUUCUGACACAGGGUGGCACAACAGAGCAACUCUYRAUGCACACUUUUGUAAAGAGUUCAUGUGAAAAAAAAUUGUCUUCAUAUUAGGAGCCUUCUCCAUCGAAUAAACUCUUAGCUCUCAUAAGGAUUUAUUUUCAUGGGUAAUUUAUUAUUCAUUCUAGAGUAAUUUGCAUACAUUGUCUGUAGAACUGGCAAASCWUCAAUGUCACCUUGAGUUUUCUCAUAUUGAAUAAAGCAAUGGUAUGCAUCA